AUGCUGGACAUGGGUGAGAGCGAAAGUUCCAAGAUUCAAGUCUCUCGCCUUUCAAUCAAAGCAAUCAUCUUGGAUAUGCUACUUGCUGGAGUAGACACAUCUCUUAUAACUAUAGAAUGGGCGAUGACUGAGCUGCUGAGAAACCCUAAAGUAAUGGCAAGGGCGCAACAAGAGAUUGAAUUACAGGUCGGGAGAGAUCGCAUUGUAAGGGAAAGUGAUCUUGUAAACUUAGAUUCCUGGCGGUGUGUGAUGAAGGAAACAUUUCGAUUACAUCCAGUAGGGGCCUUUAUGGUGCCACACGAAUCCACUGAGGGUUGCAAUGUGGGAGGAUAUUACAUUCCACCAAAAACAAGGUUGCUUGUGAAUGUUUGGGCAAUGGGAAGGGAUGAUUGUAUUUGGAAAGAUCCUUUAGAAUUCAAGCCUGAAAGAUUUAUUCGGUCAAGCAUAGAUCUGAAAGGCCAACACUUUGAAUUGUUGCCAUUCGGAGCAGGGAGGAGGGGAUGCCCCGGAAUGUCCAUGGGCAGUUCCGUUGUUAACUUGGCUGUGGCUCAGCUCAUACAUUGCUUUGAUUGGAGUGUGGAGGGUGAGGUGAAUAGGGAAGAAGAGUUUGGUUUGAGCUUACCUAAAAAGUUUCCUCUUUCUGCUCUUCCCUCCUGGAGGCUCACCACUGAAGGGCCACCAUAG